ACAACAUAAAACUCCUGUUUUCGUUGAGAUUAAGGAAAGAAAAAUGUCUGCAGUCAUGCAUGUGCUGGCAGUUGAUGACAGUACGGUUGACCGUACCAUUGUUGAGAAAUUGUUCAAGGCCGCUUCUUGCAAAGUAACAACUGCAGAGAAUGGAUUGAGAGCCUUGGAGUACCUGGGGUUAUUAGCAGGAGAUGACCAAAACAACUCUCCAAACACCAACGUCCCAAAGCUGAAUUUGAUAAUAACAGAUUACUCCAUGCCUGAAAUGAAUGGCUAUGAGUUUCUUAAGAAAGUCAAGGGCUCAGCCAUGUUUAAGGAUGUUCCAGUUGUGGUAAUGUCAUCCGAAAACACUCCAAGUCAGAUCAACCAAUGCAUGGAGGCAGGAGCUAAGAAGUUCAUCCUGAAGCCUCUCAAGCAAGCUGAUGUGAACCAACUGAAAUCCCAGUUAAUGCAAUCCUGAAGAUAGAAGAUUAUCAAUGUGAUAACGAAGAUCAGAAGCUUUAGUAUAUCAAGAUUGAUUUCA